AUGCGCAAGAAUUCCGCGGGCUCACGCUUUCUUUGUGCGCCAGGCAGCGCCAAGCGCUUUGUGCUUCACAAGGAGAAAAUGGCGAGUCCUAUUGUGUUUAGGCCAUUUUCUUCCGGAGAGGCAGCCCGGAAUGGUGACUUGGACUUGGCUUAUACGAGCCGGAGUAUGGACGGCAGGGCUGUGAGAAGAGAUCUGGAGAGACUGGGGACACGACUUCGUGGGGGAGGGGGAAAGGGGGGUACACCAUGCGGGGACGGCUGGACUGCACCGGAGGACCCUCUGCGGACGCGUUCUGAAGGUUCCGGCGCCCGAAACCCCUUCUCUGGCCGCGAAGAUGCCGCAGGGUCCGGCCCCCACCUCGCGGCUUCCGCAGCGGGAGCAGCGCGCUCCGCCACCGCGCCGCCCCCCAGGCUGCGCGCCCAGCUGAAGCCUGGGGACAGCCUGGGGACGGAGAUUGAGGCCCGCCGGCUGAGGGGCGCGCUCUGGGGUCUCCGCGCUAGACCGGCUCCCGGCGGUUUCCGCAGCCACAGCCGGGCUCUACGCCGCCCCUGGUGCCGCGGGGGCCGAGAGUCCUCCCUUCCUCGGACACCGGAGCUGGAGUGGGCCUUUCCCUCCUGCGGACCGCGCCGUAGGGGACGCCGAGAAAUGAGCCGCUGCGCCCGCCGCCUCCGGCCCCGCUGUGCUGACGGCUCCGCCCGUAGAGGUCAACUCCCCUCACCCCUUUCUCUGUCCUGCUCGCCCUCCCUCGGCCCGGCCCCGGCUCCGCCAGCCUCUGGACUGUGGCCGCAGUCUGAGGAUUGCGCAUCCGCUGCGCUGAGCUACUCCGAACCGUAUCCCUCAGGCGGGCCCAGACCCGAGGUCCGCGCUCCCGGGCGGUGGGAAAGCCUUAGCAAGCAGCCUUUUCUCUGCAGCAAAACUGUAGCUGGACCAGAUGGGCCGCCCAGCUCUCUCGGGACUAGGCAGGUGCGGUUGAGUUAAUUUUUCCGCAUUACAAAGAAAGAUGACCCAGCCGGCCCCUGGACUCUGAUCUCCCCCAAACCUCCCCAGCGAAACUGCGGUCGCGUUAUCAGAGGACACAGAGACUAGGCGUAUCUUCGUGUUUAUCUUCCCUACACAUACGUAUGAUGGUUGUCUUUUGUGUGUGCUAGAUUCCUUCCCGACAGCAGGAAAUGAUUGGCAAAGCUUUCUGCAGUAGAACAUGAAAUGGCGCGGUCCUUAAAAUAUGCCCUUCCUCACAAGCGACUUAGAAGACAUGCAGGGCGGACCAACUCAGUUAAUUGCCUUCCGUAAAAUGAUUACGAAGUUAGUUCUGAACCAGAGGGGGAAUUAACUUCGAUCCACGCCCGUCGUUUGAAAACCAGAUUUAUAGGCGUCUGUAUAUUUCUAGGUGCGCUGUAAAUGGCAUGCAGAUAUAUGCAUAUGUAUACGCAGACACAUGCAUCGUCUACACUUCCAGACUAAUUAGCAGCGGCUCUGGCAGCUGUGGCAGGAGGCGAGCUGAGACCGGAGCCAUGUUUAUGGGUUAGAGGACUCCGGGGGAGUCCUAGGGACUCGACCUCCCGGCAAGGGAAAAGGGCAGGAGGAGAAGUGUGAUCUUUGCAGUAGAUCAGUUUCUUUCCGGAUCAAGAUCAGACUCUGCCCUCCGUGUUCACAGCGGACCUUGAUUUAAUGUCAUACAAUUAAGGCACGCGGUGAAUGCCAAGAGCGGAGCCUACGGGCGGCUGCACUUGAAGGACACCAGAGCUGCUUAGGAUAAGAAAGCGCAAAAGGCACUUGCACGGGGCAGGGGUGGGGGGUGGGGGCACUGAGGGGGUGGUAGAAAGAACCUAUCCUUGGCCACCAAAAGGCCCUCAAACUGAUUCCAGAACCAGCCUAGUGUUCCGAAAGCAAAAGGGUCAUAGUUUUCACUAAGGGCCUCAGAAACCCGCAGGAAAAUCCCCGAGGGAGAUCUUGGGGGCCGGCGCUUCAGUGACAGCUGUCAGGAGAGCAGUGGUUCCCUGUGCAAAUACUCUACAGAGUUGAGGCGUUUAGAAAGCAGUGGUCCUUUCACGAGUAGGUAGUAUGAUUGUUUACAAUCCUGGACCAAGAUGCGGAAACGAAACAGAAGCAAGAGAGGAUCAUCACAUUAAAUGGCGCCCUCAUCACAUUGCACACGAAAUCUCAAAUAGCUCAGCUCCUUUGGGAAGAUCGCAACCUCCACCUCCCCCUCCCCCCGCCCUACCUCUCCUCACUUCCCAUUCUCCAGUCGGCCUUGCUUCGCUUUAAAAAAAAAAAAAAUGAUUUACUUGUUUCGAUGUAGUCGCAAUGGUCAAAUCAGUCAACAGAGUAGGACAGGGCGAACAGGCCAGGCCACAAACUUGAGAAGCACCAGGCAAAUUAAUUUAUUUGGAAGCCAAAGAGCUGGACUCUGUUGAGGAAAUCAUAGUUCCGCACCACGGCCUUGGAGCCAAAGACGAACUCAGCUGAGAAAGCGAACCUUGAUAGAUGUCUUUGUUCUGCCUUGGCCUACGGGGCUGGGAACAAAGGCGAGUAGCUGAGAAAGUGAAGUGGCCACACUCCCGGCUCCCGGCGCUGUCCGCGGUGCUGACCACGGCCUUCUUCCUUCAAUGCAAUUUUACCCCAAAGCAAUAGGACCGUCCAGCCCUCCACCCUCGAAGAAUAACUGGAUAUUAGGUAGUUUGCGAAAGAAAAAAUAAAUAAAAGCAGGGUAAGGCCAUAUACAGCGACAUCUAAUAGUUCACCGCAAUAGACCAUUCUAGCUCUCGCCACACUUGGCUUGUAUGGUCUGUCGUAGACAGAUAACGUAGACAGAUAACGCUUAAUCUAUGUUCAUUGGAGAACAAUUUAUUUAGGCUGAAACUCGAAUCUAGGACCUGCAAGAAGGAGAAUGAGGAGAAUGAAGGCUUUUUUUUUUUUUUUUUUUUUUGGAAAGUCAUCUUCCUUAGAACAUACAAUGUCAAGUGCUCAGCUACGCACCUUAAAACGGUGCUGGUGUAGUCACCAAAGGCGUUAGUGCUGGAAUCAAGAGUGGGCCCCAAGACUGACCAGGAAGGCAGGAACUGACGAGCUGAGGCCAAGCAGAAGCCCACCCAGCCUGCCUUCUCGGGUCAGGCUCGAAGCAGGACAGCCUUCAGAGGCGAGCCCAGGGUGUCAAGCCCCGAGACCGCUUUGGUGCGCCCAACUUGCUCGGCGCUUUCCGGCCUGCUGGAGGCGCUGCAGAGUCAGGAAGCCUAAAAUGCGCACUGCGGAAAGAAGCCGACCACAGUGGCAGCACCCUUCUUCUCCUAGAUCUGGCAGAUGGAAAAAGGCAGGGUGUUUACUGAAUCCGAGGAAGAGAAGAUUCACUUUAAAGCCGAGGGUCGCUGGGGUUAGUGUUAACACAUUCACUAAAUCUUAUAAUCUCUGAGCAUAUUUCAUCGUCCUAACCUACAUAUUGAUAGCAUUAAAUAGUAAAAAUCGAAGUGCUCUAACUAAUAACGGAUCAAAGAAGAGAGAGAGACAGGGGGAGAGAAAGAAACGGAAAAUCAACCAAUUU